GAGAGUUUGCGCUUGUAGGAUAAGGGUUUAAAGCCGUUCGAAGCAGGUCGCACUGGAGCCGCUGUCGAUCGUGGGACAGGUCGGAGUUCAUCAUGAGGAGGUACAUGCAGGUGCCAAUCACGGAUGCGGAUGUAACCUUCAGAAACAGCCAUGCUAGGGACAGGACGGCCGUCUUUUCCACACUGGGUGUGUGUGGAUGUUGCGGACGGUGUCGUCCCCGCUACAAGCGCUUGGUGGAUAACAUUUUCCCAGAGGACCCAAAGGAUGGCUUGGUAAAGUCAGACAUGGAGAAGUUGACGUUCUUUGCUGUGUCUGCUCCAGAGAAGCUCGACCGUAUUGGAGAGUAUCUUGCCGAGCGCCUCAGCAGGGAUGUUGUCCGACACCGUUAUGGGUACGUGGUGAUCGCAAUGGAAGCGCUGGAUCAGUUGCUAAUGGCGUGUCACUCACAGAGCAUUAAACCUUUUGUGGAGAGCUUUUUGCACAUGGUGGCGAAGUUGCUGGAAUCCAGGGAACCAGACCUGCAAGUGCUCGGGACCAACUCAUUUGUGAAGUUUGCCAACAUCGAGGAGGACACGCCUUCGUAUCACCGGCGUUACGAUUUCUUCGUCUCGCAGUUCAGUGCCAUGUGCCACUCCACACAUGAAGACCCCGAGACUCGCACCAGGAUCCGUGUAGCAGGUAUCAAAGGGCUGCAGGGAGUCGUAAGGAAGACAGUGAAUGAUGAAUUGCAGGCAAUCAUCUGGGAACCGCAGCACAUGGACAAACUCAUUCCCUCAAUGCUCUUUAACAUGCAGGACAAUGACGAGUUGGACAGGAGUGGAGGAGAGGAGAACCCGGCGUCCCUGGCCGAGAGUUGCUUUCGGGAGUUGCUUGGUCGCGCUGCCUAUGGAAACAUGAACAAUGCUGUUCGGCCCGUGCUGGUGCAUUUGGAUAAUCAUCAUUUGUGGGAUCCAAAUGAGUUUGCAGUGUCCUGCUUCCGAAUUAUAAUGUACUCUAUACAGGCACAGCACUCCCAUCAUGUGAUCCAGCAGGUUCUGAACCACCUGGACUCACACAGUAACGAUACGCCACGGGUACGAGCGGGUAUCGUCCAAGUGCUGCUCGAGACUGUCGCCAUAGCAGCUAAGGGCCCCGUUGGCCCGACCGUGUUAGAGGUUUUUGACACCUUGCUCAAGCACCUCAGUAAGAGUGUGGAUUUUGAGCUGGGCGAUGGUUCUCGCAGAAACUCCGGAACGAGUCUCUCUUCCAGUCGCGGCAAAGAGAGCGAGGAGCGCAUCGUCCAGAACGCCAUCAUUCAGACUAUCGGUUUCUUUGGAGGUAAUCUACCAGAUUAUCAGCGUGCUGAGGUGAUGAUGUUCAUCAUGGGGAAAGUUCCGGUAUAUGGAACACCUUGUCCUUCUUUGGACGCUGUCAGAACUGGGUCGCAGGGUAUUAAGAGGAUUCAAACGAUGCUCCUCAGUUCUCUCAUUAUGGUGACAUCUGGAUUUAAGUGUAAAACAGUAAGUGCUGGUUUGCCAGAUGCGCUCCUGGAACCUCUCUGCUGCAUCUCGCUUAUGGAAGACAGCGAGCUUCGGCAGCUGGUCCUCGAGAUCCUCCACAACAUCAUCGAUCGGCACGACAACAGGGCCAAACUCCGCGGCAUCCGAAUCAUUCCUAACGUCGCAGCUUUGAAAAUAAAACGAGAGAAGAUCUCAAAACAGGAUGUCGGUUUCAUGAAAAAGCAUGGGCAGCAGUUGUACAGGCAUAUCUAUCUGGGCUGUAAGGAGGAGGACAACAUGCAGAAGAAUUUUGAGCUUCUCUUCACUGCACUCGCUCUGCUCACCAUAGAGCUGGCUAAUGAGGAUGUGGUCAUAGACCUUAUACGCCUUUCUCUCGCUUUGCAGGAUAUGGCUCUAGAUAACGAGGAGAGCAUGCCGAUGUUUAUUCGCUGUGGUAUCAUGGCACUGAUUGCAGCCUACCUGAACUUCCUCAGCCAAAUGAUCGCCAACCCUGCUUUCUGCCAGCAUGUCAACAAGGUAAUUGAGUUGAGGAAUAUGGAUGCUCCCUACUUGCUACCUGAACACGUGUUUCGAGAGAAGUGUGUACUACCUGCUGCUCUGGACCGUGAGGACAGUGGCAUGUAUUUUCAGACAGCUGACCUCGCUGAAGCCCUGUCUGGACCAGGAUACAAUACAGAAAGACUUUCCGUGCCGUAUAUACCACAAGUAACAGUGCUGUAUACUGUAGGGAAGAUUCUGAACAGAUGCAAACAAGCAUCAAGAGACCGAUUGUCUCGGAGGAAAAGUUUUGUGGACACUAUCUCGCUCCAGGUGGACAUCCUGUCCAACAACCUUCCUGACCAGUCGCAGUUAGCAGAAGAGAUUACCUACGAGACUCUGAAGAAAGCCAUUGACACCACCGGUUUGGAAGAGCAGGAGAGAGAAAAGAGACGGCAGGUGAUGGAGAAAUUCCAGAAAGCCCCGUUUGAGGAGAUUGCAGCCCAUUGCGAAUCAAAGGCUAACAUGCUGCAUGAUCGUUUGGCUCAGAUCUUCGAAUUGACUAUACGCCCGCCCCCAAGUCCUUCCGGCACAGUGACGGUGACUUCAGGCCACGCCCAAUACCAGUCCGUGCCAGUCUACGAGAUGAAGUUUCCAGACCUCUGUGUCUAUUGAACCUGAAGCUUUAUUGGGUCAUAAUUUUUUACUUUAAACCUUUGCCCUUUACCCAAUCACAUCCACUUACCUUUGAUCUUCAUCAUGUAGUUAAAUCCAUGCACAUUUACAUGCUAAGUGUUCACCUUUAAUCCGACCAGCACUGUAACCUUUUUUUUCUUUUAACUUAAUCCCAAUUACUAAUGUCACUUGCUUCUAAUCAAUUAAAUUCAGACCUAGAA